GUUCCUGAUCCCUGAGGUCCCAGGGAUUCCCAUCUCUGCAGAGAGAGAAGGACUCUAGGUUUGAGGGCAGAGGUGAGGACAAAGUUUGUUCCUCUCCUGCCCCCAGCACAGCUGGCCUUUCCCCCAGCAUGCUUUCCACACUGUGCCACAGGCUGUAUGCACCAGCCAGGAGAGACAGCCUGGAAUGUUGACACCAGUGUCAGGACUCAUGGGGCCUUCUGGCUUCCGCGGCUGCCUGAGGACAGGAAUCCUCCUCUCAGUUGUACUUCUGACCACACGGAUCCCUCCAAUGGCUGCCCAGUUCACCCGUCCUGCUGACCUGCUUAGCAACACUCAAAGUGGGAGAGCUUCACUGGCCAAGCCCACCCUGUCAGUCAGCCAGAGCACUGUCAUAGAGCUGAGGAGUAUGAUGACAUUCUACUGUCAUACUGAUGUUGAUAAUGUCACCAUCCACUGGACCUACAACAACUCCACAUUAGUGUUGAAUGAGCGCAUGAAGCUGUCUGCGGAUAACAAGAGCCUCACCAUCCUCGUUGUCCAGCGAGAGGACUCGGGGUCCUACCAGUGUGAAGUGUGGUAUGGCUUUGAGGGUCAGAGCAGCAGCAUUGUCUUGCUGAAUGUGAACUAUGGUCCUGACCCUGUAGUAAUCAAGCUGGACUCAGGCGUAGACGCUGGGGACGUAGUUGAGGUGCUAGAAGGCCAAGCUGUGAACUUCAGGGUGGAAACUCAAUCUCGCCCUGCCUCUGACUAUACCUGGUAUCUCCCCACUGACUCCAUCCAGCCCCCCACCAUGGGGACAUUCACCAUCCAGUCUGUGUCCAAGGAACAUGAGGGCAUGUACAGGUGCCUGGUGUCCAACAGUGUCACCCAGCUGUCCCGCCUGGGUGUUGUCAAAGUCCAAGUGCUUGAAAAAUUAACUGCACCCAGUAUCGAGUUCCCAAUCCUGCCUCUUGUGGAAAAUGCUACCUCUGUGUCCCUGACCUGCAAAACCAGCCACCAAGAGGCCAGUGUCCAGUGGUUUCUGAGGGGUCAGCCACUCUGGCCCAGUGAUCGCCUGACGCUGUCUUCUCAGAACAGGACCCUGAUCAUCCAUGGCCUCCAGAGGGAUGACACGGGGCCCUAUGAGUGUGAGGUGUGGAACUGGGGUAGUCGCGCUCGCAGCGCUCCCCUGAGGCUUGCCAUCAACUAUGGUCCUGACGGAGUGGACAUCACUCCGGGGUCAGCAUCUGGAGAGGCCAACACCAUCCAGGCGAUGCUCAACUCCAGCCUGACCCUGCAUUGCCGGGCUGACUCCAAUCCAGAUGCCAAGUAUCACUGGACCUACGAGCGCUCCUCUGCAUUGCACACUGGGGAGCAGCUGAGCAUAGAGGCGCUGAACCGGGAGCAUGAGGGCAUUUACAGCUGCACGGCUUCCAACCCUAUCACCGGCCUGGCCCGGUCUGCCUCUGUCCUGGUCAAGGUGGUGGGUCCCCAGUCAUCCUCUCUGUCUCCUGGAGUCAUUGCUGGCAUUGUCAUCGGGAUCCUGGUUGUCAUUUCUGUGGUGAUAGGAUUGGCCUAUUUCUUCUACAGCCGAAAGGACAGAUGGACCCGCAAGAGACCAGCCAACGAUACUACCCUCAAGACCACGGCACACACCGCUGUGAAGCAGAGGCCCGCAGAGUCCAGAUGCAAUGACUCCAUGGCAGUGGUGUUGGAAGCCUGGGACUCUCCUGGCUUAGACCCAGGCAAGCCAAACACUGUGUUCGACAAUGAGCUGAAGCCCCAGUGGAAGGCCAUUGGCAAAGAGAUGCUGUCAUCUGUCUCUCCGGAGCAGGACUAUGAGAAGAAGCUACCUUCCGUAGCUCCUGAAGGUCUCAGGAAGCCACUGCCCCCAAUUCCAAUUCCGAAGCAGCCAUUGGUCCCACCAGUAUCAACAAGAAACCCAGAAUCAAAUUAUGAGAAGCUGACGAACCCAAACCUCAGCCUUUACUGCAAGAUUAACCCGUCAACCUAAUGGACACCACGCUCCUUUUUCCGGAAGGUUUAAAAAACCAUCCUGGGUCACAUGCUCCAUGCCCUUGAACGUGCAAGUUAGAAUCCAGCCACUGCCUGCCAUCUUUGCAGACCUCAUGAUUACCUGACUAGGUCAGGCUCUGGACACUGGGGUCCACCAAAUCUUAGCCUUUGGCUCACACUUCAUUUAAAGCAACAAAGCUGGGCUGGGGAGAUGGCUCAGUGGUUAAUAGAACUUGUGGCUCUUCCAGACGACCUGAGUUCAGUUCCCAGAACUCGUGUGGGGAGACUUAAAACCUACCGUAACUCCAGUUUCAAGGGAUCCAGUACCCUCUUCUGGCCUCUGCAGGCACCUGGAUACAUAUAGGUAAAAGUUAAUAAAAUAAAAUAUAUCCUUUUUCUUAGGACAGUGUUUCACUUUGUAGCCCUGGCUGGUCAGGAACUCCCUAUGGAAACCAGGAUAACCCUCAACUCACAGAACUCCUCAUACCUCUGCUGGGAUUAAAGGCACAUGACCACACCCACCUCUAAAGAAGUCUUUAAAAACAAAAACAAAAAUGGUCAAGUGCCUGGCUGACAGGCAUGAGUCUGGGCUCAGUCCCUGGUAGCACACAUGCAGCAAGUGAUGAAGGCGCUGAAGAGACAUCUUGCUGCCUAAGAUGCAUACUACUUUCCAGAGGAACCCAGUUCGGUUCCCAUACACAUGUCAGUGGCUCCCAACUUCCUGCAACUCCAGCUCCAGAGGAUCCAACUUUUGGCCUCAGAA